AUGGAGGUACCUUCACAACGAUUGAAACGAUCGCGCAAAUCUGAUUCUCCGCUAACGCAGCUCGGACUACAGGUGCCCAAAGCCCGGGGAGCUGGUAGGUCAGGUCCUCGUCGCAGAACAGGCUGCCUAACCUGCCGCGCUCGAAAGGUAAAGUGCGAUGAGACCAAACCGAGCUGUUCAAACUGCGAUCGCCUACGAAUAAGCUGUGUUUAUAAGCCGCCCAUCGCCCUCGAUGGCCCCUGGCCUUCUUUUCGAUCUAAAGAGUCAGCGCAUGCGACCCAGUCUACCUCAUCGCCGUCACCCGCUGCAUCUGCAUCUACACCUGCGUCAUCUUCUGCGUCUAUAUCACAUCGUUCGCAAGAUCUGAACUUCUUCGGCACUGUUCUCCGCUCGGAUGAUCAGCAUCGUACGAUUCAUGCGUCGGAUGCAAUAAGACGGCUACCCGCUGAUAUAGUGUCAUACCCGCCCGAACUGGGAGGUCAGUUUGAUAUGCUUGGAUUCAUGGGUGGUAUUACGUCGGGGCUGGAACAGAAGCAUCUUGACUUAACGAGUGGACUGGCCGGCUUUGCUACCAGCUCCGCACAACAGUUCCCAGCAGCGGGUCUUGCAACAAAUAGUGCAGAGAAAGCGCAGUUCGACACGGACGGACACUCGACUCUGAAUCCGGAGGGCUCAUCGUUGGUAGAUGUGUCAAUUGGAAGUGCAGGUGCAAGUGCAAGUGCUUCGGAUGCAACAACCCGAGGGAGUUGGUCAGAUGCGGGCGGUACUUCCCAUGAAGAACAGCUAUUACAACAUUUUUUAGCCGCAGAUCCUCCGGCGGGCAUUUUUGCCCCAGUGACUAUAGAAUGGCAGUAUGUUCGACCAGCUGUGAUGGCUCACGCGCGAGACUUUGCCCCUCUUCUAAACGCAUUGUAUUGCUACUCAGAUAUUCGCAAGGCUACGACAGAGGGCAAGCAGUGGCAAUGGGCUCCAACAUAUUACCGAAUAGCGAAUUCUGGUAUUCAAUCAUGCUUACUAGAGGAUGUUUCUGACUCAACGCUACUCAAUAUAUUUACGACGGUAUUCUUCUUGAUGCUGUCCGAGCUAUUUUCUUCACCUGAACUAUGUGCUCCAGGCACAUCCUAUCUUCAUUCAGGAUAUCUUUUACUACAACGAUUUCAUGGCCGUAAUCGGACAUGGACGGGGCUUGGGAACCUCAUGGUUUCGUGGGUAUUGCUGCUUGAUGUCAAAUCUCUCAUCGCAGGCCGUGAUGGCGACCCUCUGACCGAACUAGGAAACACCCCUGCGUCAGCGCCAGCGCCAGGAUUGAUUAAGCCUACAGAUGAGAAUGGUCUGGGAACAUCGAAAACAACGGAUGAUCUCAAAGACGAGAGUAACGACGACCCAUUCCGCAGCCCGAGCUAUCUAGUGUAUGAGGCAAUUGUCGGUCCAGCAUUCCGAUUCUUCGUACAAGCGCAGCAAGUUGUCCGGCGUAUUGUACAUAUCGACCUGCACCACCGCAGUCGUGGAGCUCUCAGCGACGAAUUUGAGGUUCUUCAAAUAGCCCACAAAGUGGGAGCAGAUCUCGAAACCCUCUGGCACAGCCGACCACCCGUCAUAGAUGUGUAUAGACAGUCAGAUGCAUUGACCGGCAUGCUUAAUGGCCCGAUAGCGGACGAAAUCUGCCGUGCAUUUCGACAAUAUGUAGCCAGCUUCCUGGCUAAUUUCAUCUAUUUACACCGAGUCGCAUUCGCCAUAUACCCACGCACUGACCGGGUCAACGGCGCUGUUGACAAGAUCAUCCAACUAGCUGCUGUCGAGUUUGUGAGUGCUGCACAAGGUCAUCUCCCCGUCAGUUUCCUGUGGCCACUAUUUAUCGCUGGUCUAGAGGGCUCGAAAGAGCAGCGCCGUUGGAUUAUCCAACAAAUGCAGCGUAUGGCUGAGUCAGAGUCCACUGCCAGUCGGCAUCCCAAUGCAGAAAAAGUCAUACUCCUGUUAGAAGAGAUGACUAGGCGACAGGAUACAUCGCGCACAUGGGCAGACUCGCGGUACGUACGACGGGAGCUAUUUCCAGACUUUUUCAUAAUCAUUUAA